GUUGGACUCACUAAAAGCCCCAGCUAAGCGGUCCACUUUAGAAAAGAAGACUUAAAAGCAGCUUUGGAUUUUUUUUUACCCCGGACUUUACCCCACAAAACUGCUGUUUCUGAAUUUGUAUCGGUUGGCAGGCCAAUCGAGCUCGCCUUCCUUUUCUUCCCUCAUUACCUGAAUCAAGACCUCUUUCUUAACCAUUUUCCAAACAUGGACGACAAGAUUAACACAUCACCCGUGGAGUAUGCUCCUGAAGGGUCAAGGCACCGGCGGCAUCCCUUUGGUCCUGUCCACAGUGCCGUCAUGUCAACGUCAAUCGGACGACGUUUUUUCGGCACCAAAAGCAUCGACCGUCUUCACGCGCAAAUGGACCAAGUUGAAUACAAACGUACACUCACUGGUCUUGAUUUGACUCUGCUUGGUAUUGGCGCUAUUAUCGGGGCAGGUAUCUUUGUGCUGACGGGUACAGCCGCAAAGGAUCAUGCUGGUCCCGCCUUGAUCAUUUCCUUUAUAAUCGCGGGAACUCUAUGUGGCCUUGCAUCAAUGUGCUAUGCAGAGUUGGCUUCCAUGAUCCCCGCCUCUGGCAGUGCAUAUUCAUUCACCUACGCGGCAAUGGGCGAGUUUUUGGCUUGGAUUGUUGGAUGGGACUUGAUGCUUGAAUACUUGGUCGGAGCUGCGACAGUAGCUGUUGGAUGGUCCAGCUAUCUUGUAAAGUUCAUUGACGAUGUCACUGACUCGGAUACUUCAGUGGAUGCCAGAUUGGUCAACGCGCCAUUUGUCUGGCUGGAAUCUGGCGCUGAAUACAAAGGUGAAAAGGUUGAUUCAGCGCACUUUGCAAGGAAUGCUGUCAAAUGCGGUGCCGAAUGGUGCUACCCAUGGAUCAACCUACCCGCUAUCGCUAUUGUUGUUGCAGUCACCACUCUUCUGGUCGUCGGUAUUAAAGAAUCAUCGCGAGUCAACAACUUAUUUGUCGUCGUGAAAGUUGUCAUUACGUUGAUGUUCAUCUUCGCCGGUAUCAAGUUUAUCAACCCCCAAAACUAUUCACCAUUCGUCCCUGCACAAGAAGGACCAAAGAAAUACGGAGUCCCUGGUAUCUUUGCUGGCGCGGUCACUGUCUUCUUCGCGUACAUCGGAUUCGACGCUGUCUCCACAACUGCGCAAGAAGCAAAAAGGCCCCAACGUGAUCUCCCUAUUGGUAUUAUUGGAUCUCUCAGUAUCUGCACCAUUUUGUACAUUGCCGUUAGUGCCGUCAUGGCGGGUCUCCGACCAUACUCUCUGAUUGACCCCAAAGCACCCGUAUCGACCAACAUUUUCGAGGCAGCCAAGGCGCAGGGUGUCAACUUGCGAUGGUUCACCAUCAUUAUCUCCUUUGGUGCUCUUGCUGGUUUGACUUCUGUCAUCCUUACCAUGUUGCUGGGUCAACCUCGUAUCUUCCACGCCAUGGCCGAGGACGGUCUUCUCCCAAAGACGUUUUCACGCCUCCACCCUCGAUUCAAGACCCCCUAUGUCACUACCAUCACCACUGGAGUUAUCUGCGCACUGUUUGCUGGUUUGCUUCCUGUAGAUAUCUUGGGCAAUUUGACUUCCGUCGGUACCUUGUUGGCCUUCUUUUUCGUCUCACUGUCGACCAUCGUCUUGAAGAUUACCGACCCAGACCGGCCCAGAGGGUUCAGUGUUCCCGGCGGCAAAAUUGGCGGAUUUGUGAUUCCAGCAUUAUCCGCCGCAUCCGUGAUUGCUCUACUCACCCAAACCACUCCUGCAAGUAUCGCUCGUGUAUUUAUCUGGAUGGCGAUCGGUGCCGUCAUUUACGUUUGUUACGGUUACCGACACUCUGAGCUGCGAAAAUCUUACGCAAAUGACGAAAAGUACAGCACCGAAACACUGUAGACUAGUUUCCAGAUUUGAUCGCAAGUUGAUAUGAAAUUCUACGAAGAUGUGAAAUUGUUUGUAACCCAGUAGAGUAUGCCCAUCGCAGGGCAUAUGCAGCAGCUCCUGCUUUUUUGCUACUAAAUGUGUGAUGUGGUUGGAAAAUGUAAAAUUUUGGUUCCGCAAGUCGGGCGCAAGAACGCUUUUGAUCUCGUUAAGACAACUGUAGGAUUGGAUCAAUCAUAUCAUAUCUCUGUCGUGGAUAGCUCCAUCGCCAGUACACCUGUUAGCGUGGCUUCCUCAGAAUAGUAAUAAUAUAAUCUCGUGCAAUAGCCUAACCCUA